ACUUUGUUUUCAUAAACGACUAACCUUUUUUCUCCAACUCUAAUGGAAAACAAAGACACCUCAAAACUUCCAAACCAAACUCAUCAAACUCACAACAACAAAAACAUGUCUUUAAUCUCUCAUGAAAUAGAUAAAUCCAAUGAGAACAAAAAAACUAGUACUCUCAAGAAAAUUCCAAAAAUAUCAAACAAGGGUCAGAAAAAGUAUCUAGGAGUAAGACAGAGACCUUCAGGAAGAUGGAUAGCUGAGAUCAAAGACUCAUCACAGAAACUAAGACUAUGGUUAGGAACAUUUGACAGAGCAGAAGAUGCUGCUAUGUCUUAUGACUCUGCUGCAAGAAUUCUUAGAGGAAGAAAUGCAAAAACAAAUUUUCCAAAUACUCAUGAACAAGAUUUCAGCAUUUUAGGAAAGAAUCCAAGAGCUUUUCAGCUUCUUAAACAUGCAAUGAUGAAAAACCAUGCAGUUUCAUCUUCUUCAUCUGUUUAUUCUAGUUUCAUGAUGCCAUGGAAAAAUGAUCAGCUCGACGACGCGAUUGUCGAAGAAACUAUUGUUUGUUCUGUUGCUGAUGAAGGUGAAGGUUCUGCUAUAGGGUGUAGUGGAAUUUCAUUUGGAAGUUCUAAGGUUUAUUCUUCUGUUGUUGUUGCUCCUUCUUUUAAUUAGUGAUUCUUAAUUUUUCAUUGUUAAUGUUAAUUAAUUAAGUAACCCCUUAAACAAGUAUGUCUUAAGUAUUUAUUCUUCUUUUUGUUUUUGUCUUAA